CGCACGCAUUACCCGCGUGGUUUAUCUUGGCUGGCUCGCGGGACUGGAACUCCUGCAGCCGAGCUCGCGCUCUAAUCGGCGACAGCUGGAGAUGGACAGCAGCAGCGAAGGAGCCGCGAAACCGUCCGACGCAGAUAUGAAUCAUAGCGAGAGCCCCGGCUGUCUGGGCGGCACCUCCCCUCCGAAGGGUCAGGAUGAGGAGGAGGAGGACGAAGAGGAGCGCAGGGUGGACGCGGGGCACAGGACCAAACGAGAGCGGCGGCAGGUCAGCGGCAGCGGCGGCGCCACCGUGUGCCAGGUGUGCAACAUACAGCUCAACUCCAGCGCCCAGGCCCAGAUCCACUACAAGGGGAAGACGCAUCAGAGGAGGCUGCGGCGGCUGGCGAAGGCCGUGAGCGCAGGGGCAUUGUCACAGAGCCAGGUCCACCCGCUCCUGGGUUCCCUGCCUCUGCCGGCCCGAGCCUUCCAGCCGCAGGCUCACACCCAGCUCGAGCACUUCCUGCCUCUCAGGCUCAACGGCUCCUCGCCACUCAGCCUGUUCCCCAAUUUCAACACGAUGGACCCGGUGCAGAAGGCCGUGAUCAACCACACCUUUGGCAUGGCUCCACCCAAGAAGAAAGCCAUCAUCUCCUGUAACAUCUGUCACCUGCGCUUCAACUCCACCACCCAGGCUGAAGCCCAUUACAAAGGUCACAAGCAUGCUCGCAAGCUGAAAGCCUUGGAGACACAGAGGAACCGGCACAAGAGCGGGCACGGCCCGUCCACGUCAGGGAAGGAGCGCGGCAGAGAGCGAGGCAUCGGCGGAGAGGAAACCGUGCCAACAGACUCCCAGUUGAAGGAGAAGAAAGGACCAAGCACCUCUUCCCGACCCGAGCAGCGUCCGCUAGAAAAUGGCCAGGGGACCUCUCCGGCGCCCCCUCCCGCCUCGCAAGCCACAUCCACAGAGUCUUACCCCUCGCUGCGCUCCUCCCAGCCCCCCCCACAGAUCGGCCCAGGCUCUCAGCCCUGCCAUCAACCCUCAGACAGCCCAUCUGUGGAAGGGUGCAGCUCGGCCCCACAGCCCGACCCUCAGGGAGGCUCCACGGGAGGUGAGGAGGAGGAGGGGAUAGUGGAAGAUGUUAAGGAGGCCAAAAACAAUCACAAACAGCCCCUCCACUGUCCCACGUGCAAAGUCACAGUCAAUUCUAGCUCCCAGUUGGACGCUCACUGUAGCGGCUCCAAGCACAAACAGAUGCUGGACGGUCACAGCAGCAGCAGCAGCAGCAGCCAGCCGCAGCGCCGGGUCAGGGCGACGGCGCCGCCGAGGGCCCCCUGUCGCCUGAAGCAGCGCAAGGGCAGCAAAACGCGAGCGGCGGCGGGCGCGUCCAACCAGCCCUUCCACUGUGAGCUGUGCCAGGUGUCCGUCAACUCCGAGACCCAGCUGAAGCAGCACAUGAACAGCAGGAGACACAAAGAGCGUUUGGCUGGGAAGCCUGUCAAGGCGAAGUUCACCCCCUAUAAUAAACUGCAGCCCAGUGCUGUGUUAGCGACGAAACUGGCCCUUCAGAAGCAGCUUUCCAAAGCCCUGCCGGCAGGGUUCCUCAGCGGCCCCAUCAAUCCAGCUGCUUUGUGCACUAUGGCAUCUGGACCGCUGGCACUACAGCUGCCACAUGGGCCCGCGGCCAUCAUCCAGGGUCCCCUGAUCAGCCCCACACUCUUCAGGCCUGCUCCCGGACCCCUGCGAGCUACACAUGCACCCAUCAUCUUCUCUCCAUACUAACAGAGAAUGACACCCGACUGCAGGAUUAAUAGUGGAACGGACGCAUCCCAGCCAAAGCUGGUCAAACAGGGGACCCUCUGAGCGGCUGCAGGACACUGCAGUGUACCUGCAAUGCAAGAUAGGCAUGUAUAACAGUAUGCACAAUCCUUUGGAGUGGAUUAAAAUAAGAACCACCUCUCAGCUGUAUUGUUCCCAGGGGUCUGGACCCCUCCGGAAGCCAUAAUGUCAAGCAACUUUUAGUUUUAUAUAUAACAGCUGUAGUAGUAGGGUGUAAUCAUGUUACUAAGUGUUUGUUGCCAAAUUCUCUAUUCUCAAUUCUCUAUUUCUGCUUUAGUUUUUAUAAGCAAAGUUAGAGAAAACCCUGAGUGUUAAUCUAAGAUAAAACUAGCUGCUUUCAUUUACACACCCGAUUCAUGAGGCCAUACUUUGAAAUAAAUGUACGUCUGAUUAACAUAUACAAGCAUUUUCUUUGGAGGUAACAAUCAACCACCCGUAUAUCGAGCCAAGGACACUAUGGAGAUGCUUAUAAUAAGCUGAUUUAAUUUAAACAUAGGACAUUUUAAACUUGCUUUACUUUGACACAAGCCAUUAUUAAAGGUUCUUCAGGUGAUUAAAAGUUAGAUUAAAAUAAGUAAGCUAAGAUUCUGAAGCAGCUUGACGCUGUUUGUGCAAUAUGGGGAGCAGGCUGAUGUGUGUUGUGAGCUAAAAUAUUUGUGUCUUUGACAUCUUUAAUCAAUCUGUUAUUUUUUAUAGAUUUGUAUUUAACACUAUGUGCUUUCAUUUAAGACAAAGAUAUUUCUCCCAUCAAUAGUGCUGAACCAUCCUAAGCAAUAUGUAUUAUUAAAGUGUCAUCUGGUAAAAUCAA